AUGAAUGCGCAGCCCUUUCAACCGCUCGUCGAGAUGUUGCAGCGGCUGGACCAAGAUGACCCGAAAUUUGCCGCCCAGGCUGCGCGUCUUGUCGGACUCUACCGACGGCUGUGGGAGUCCUGUGUCUCCAAGCACGUUGACAGUCAACGUCUUGGGGAGGCAAACCGACAGCUCCGCAUCACCAAUUUCCAGCUGCUCCAGGAAAGCGCGUAUCUAAAGCACCGGCAUAAUUAUCAGGAAGCGCAGUUAGCCGUCUUUGAACACGGACUGGCUAAAGCCCGAGAGGGCAUUGCCGGAGUGCUUAGCGAUUGGGACAAUUGCUCGGCGGGGGAAUGGGCUGCCCCAGCGGAAGGUGAAUUUCAGGAGGUUCAGUGA